UGUGUGCCUUGGUUUCCGGCUUACGGUGACCCUAAGGCAUGACUAUCAUGGGGUUUUCUUGCCACGUUUCUUCCCUCUGAGAAUAAUGCAUUGCACUCCCAGCAUCCAUCGCCAUUGCCUGUGCUGGCUAAGGGCUUCUGGGAUGUGCAAUCCAACAAUGUCUGGGGGAGCCGUGAUCCUUCCUUCCAGAAUAGAUCCAUUCCCUCUCCAAGGCUGCUAGGCAUCACACCAACAUGGAGGCAAAAGGAGACAAAUGCACCAUCUAGCAGGCCUAUUUCCUUUCUGGACCCUUGUUGUUGUGGGCCAUGUAGUUAUCCUUCUGAGGACCAUGCAUUGCAACUCCCAGCAUCCAUCGCUGUUGCCUGUGCUGGCUGGGGCUUCCAACAGUUCUCAUCCUCUCUACUUUAUGGAUCUGUUUCAGGCACCACAGUACAUUGCCACAGAGGCAAAAGGAGACAACUGCAUCUUCGUUCUAGUGUCAGCCCUGGCAUGUCAUCCGCCAGUGCCGGCCCCAGUGGCUGGGCAUGGAGGCCAGUGGUGCGCAGUGACCUCCUCGCCCGUGGUUUCCAUUCAUGCAACAUGGUGCAGGGGAACCUCCUCAUCUUCGGGGGACUGAAGUCGCCAGAGACCCAGGAACCACCUCUGGGGGACGUGGUGGCCUUCGACCCGGCACUCCAGGCGGUCAGAACCAUUGCUCCGGACGAAGGCUACCGCCGGAGCCACCACGAGGCCGUGGUCCUGGCUGACCGCUUCCUGUGCGUUGUGGGAGGCUGGGAUGGCUCCCGCCGGGUCUCCGACGUCUGUGGCUUCGACGCGGAGCACAGACGCUGGGAACGCUGGUCCGCGGGACCCUCCAACCAGGCCCCCGUGGGGCUCAGCAGCCACACCUGCACCAAGCUGUCGGACCACGAGGCGCGAGUGGUGGGCCGCGAGGGAGGGCUGCGCACACAGAGGCGCUACGCCAGCAUCUUCACCUUACACCUCAACCCAGCGGCCAAGACCUACUGGUAUGAGGAAGAGGAGUCGCGCACGGCGUCGCGGGCCGGCCACUCCGCCAUGCUGUUGCCCGAGGGGAGCUCUGCCAGGAAAAGCAGCGGCUACAAACUCAUGGUCUUCGGUGGGCGCGACUCGGCUGACUUCGACGUGGCUGGACGCUGGGGGAAGAGCAAGAUUAACGCUGAUUCAACUCAUGCUCCUGGCCUGACAGAACAACUCUCCCGCUUGGUCAGCACCGAAAAGGGAUCCGGGGAGGGUCCCAAGGGCCUGAGGCAUCAAUCCUGCACAGUGGUGGGGCCUUUUGCCGUCAUCUUCGGAGGAGAAACCCUGGGGAAGGGCAGGGAUGCUGUUUGCAACGACCUUUACGUCCACGAUACAAGGUCUUUGCCAGCCAAGUGGUUCCGCUUUCCUUCUUCCAACCGGGCCCAGAAGAGGAUCGGCCACCGGACCUGUCUUUGGAACGACAAGCUGUACCUUGUUGGAGGGUUUGGGGCUGAUGGCAAGACCCCUUGUCCUGAGAUUUACAGCUUGGAGAUCUCUGCCUGAAGUCUAGAACCUUCUUGCCAGCUCCGUGUUUCCCAAAGAGCUUUUCUCCUUUGGUUUGUGAUUAAGUAAAAGCACGGUUAAAAUGGCUUCUCCUGUCACUUCCCAGCUUACAAAUAAAGUUUUACCUAUCAAAGGUUUAGGAUCCAAGCCUGAUCUCUGGGGCCUGCGAAGAACAAACUCUAAGGACCGCAUGUGGCUCUUGUCCAACUCUCCUUUAACUAGAGAUGCUUUUGGGGGUAGAAUCUGGGUAUCAUCUCUCUACCACUGGGCUUCAGGAGAAAAACAACAACCCAGCGCAGUUGCCAGGCUUGACAGGGCUCCCAACUAAGUGA